AUGUCAAAAUCGAAGGUAAAUUCUCGAGACGAGCGUACCUUGAAAGGGAAGGACUCAGGCUGUGUGUUUGAGGAACUCACCUUAUCGAUUCUUCUCUUCGUCUGGCAAAUGUUGCCAGCUGUGUUUGCCCAUCAAUUCAUUUCUCAUGUUCAUGUGACAACCCCAGCUCACAGCUAUAGUCAUGGAGUUGGUGAUCCAGUGUCUAUCCAGAGACGUCACGUGACACCCAUGAGGAAUUUACGAAUACCCCAGGAGACCCAAGCGCAGCUAGGAUACUCUAGGCAACGGCCAUCCAUUCCGUUCCACGUAGAAGAGACUCCGAGAAAGUUACCAUGGCAACAAGACAUGCGCAAUGCUGAAAAGAUUCCUCUGCUACCUCCAUCUCCGUACAAAGUGGACUCGGCAGAUCCUGAAUCCCUCUGGCCUGAGGGAUUAUUUUUACCACCGCCACCUUUGCAAUUGGACAUACAAAGAAGGUCGAGCCAGAUUAAAAAUUCGAGGCCUACAAGUGAUGAUGAUUUCUUGGACCCAUAUCUUCUUCAAGGCUCCGAAGCAAUAUUUGCCAUAGAAAAAACAAAACACCACGGAGAAUUAUAUUUUCACGACGUACCUCACAUACAAUCAUUGCUGACCAACCAACAGCAUCGCGUGAAAAAUAACUUAAAACCCCAUCGUCUUGGGAGUAUACGACAUACUUGGCCGUUUAACCGCAUUUAG